UUUGAUUUUCAAGAUUACUUUUUUUUGUAUAUGAUUCUUGAAAAUGGGUUCAGAAAUUUUCCCUAAAGUGAAAAGUGAAGGUGGGUCAUCGGAGAGUGGUGGUUCUGAGAGUGGAGCUGAUGAGAGAGGUGGAGAGAAUGAUGCUUUUGAGUAUUUUGGUUGGGUUUAUCAUUUGGGUGUUAAUACAAUUGGGCAUGAGUAUUGUCAUCUUCGAUUCUUGUAUAUACGUGGGAAGUAUAUGGAAAUGUAUAAGAGAGAUCCCCAUGAAAAUCCUGGCCUGAAACCAAUAAGGAGGGGUGUUAUAAAUCACACACUUAUGGUGGAGGAAAUAGGUCGCCGAAGAGUUAACCAUGGGGAUCUCUAUGUGUUGAGGUUUUACAAUCGAUUGGACGAGUCAAAAAGGGGAGAAAUUGCUUGUGCUUCGCCUGGUGAAGUACGGAAAUGGAUGGAAGCCUUUGAUCGAGCAAAACAACAGGCAGAUUAUGAUCUUUCAAGAGGUCAAAGUGCAAGAGAUAAACUGAAGUUAGAGAGCGAGAUUAACCUUGCUGGACAUCGACCUAGAGUACGGCGGUAUGCACAUGGCUUGAAGCAGCUGAUAAGAAUAGGACAAGGUCCCGAGAAGCUCUUGCGGAAAUCCUCAAAAUUGGGUGCCAAAAGUGAAUCAGAUGUGUACUUUGAAGCAGAUGUGGUUGAAGCACAUGAGUGGAAAUGUGUUCGUACCCUUGAUGGUGUUCGGAUAUUUGAAGAUAUGGCAAACAAAAAGACUGGUAAAGGAGUUCUUGUCAAGGCUGUUGCUGUUGUCGAAGCUAGUGCAGAUACUGUCUUUGACGUGCUUUUGAGUCUUGAUCGACAUCAAAGAUAUGAGUGGGAUACGUUAACAGGGGACGUGGAAUUGAUAGAAUCUUUGGACGGUCACUGUGAUGUUGUUUAUGGGACACUUGAUCUCCGAAAACUUUCUUGGUGGCAGUCUAAAAGAGAUUUUGUCUUUUCUCGGAGGUGGUUUCAUGGUCAAGACGGAACAUAUACAAUUUUGCAUUUCCCAACGGAAUACAAAAAGCGGCCUCCAAAAAGUGGAUAUCGACGUAUAAAAAUGAUUGCUUGUUCUUGGGAGAUCAGCAAUAUAGGCACUUCCUCCUCAUUAAAGCCUGCCAGAUGCCUUGUGACACUGAUUCUGGAGAUACGUUCUAAGGCCUGGUUUAAGUGGAAGAAUAAUGAGUUCUGUAAAUUUGAGAGAACACUUCCUUUUGGAAUGUUGAGUCAAGUGGCAGGUUUGAAGGAAUAUAUUGGAGCAAAUCCAGCACUUACAUUUGAAUCAUCCACUGUAGUUCAGUCAAAAACAUCUGGUGUUUCUAUAUCAAGCAAUGAGCUUGAGGAUGCAAUGGGGUCAGAUGAAUUCUAUGAUGCAAUAGGUACCGAUUCGUCAUCAUCAGAUGAAGAUAGUGGUGAUGAAGUAUCUAGUAAGCAGGACAAAAAGGUUAAGCUAAAAAAUGUUUCAUGGGCCAUAGCAAGCUUGGCCUUAAAGAAGACAUUGGCACCAGACACUAGUAAGGAACUAAAUCCCGAUGUUCCUUCAUUAACUCUUGAUCCAAGUCAGUUUCAUGGUACCAUGCGGCAUGCGAAGGGUGAGGGUGACUCUGAUUGCUGGUCUUCGCCAAGUGGUUCUGGUUUCAUGAUCAGAGGGAAGACAUACUUGAAAGACAGUACGAAGGUUACUGGUGGAGAUCCUCUGCUCAAGCUUAUUGCUGUUGACUGGUUCAAGGUGGAUGAAUGCAUCACAAAUAUUGCUCUUCAUCCUAAGUGUCUUGUUCAGUCUGAAGCAGGGAAGAAAACUCCAUUCGUCCUAAUAAUUAACCUUCAGGUUCCAGCUAAACCAAAUUAUAGCCUGGUUCUUUAUUAUGCCGCUGACAGACCUGUAAAUAAGGAUUCAUUGUUGGGUAAAUUCAUUGAUGGAACUGACUCUUUCCGUGAUUCAAGAUUCAAAUUGAUUCCAAGCAUUAGAGAGGGAUACUGGAUGGUUAAGCGUGCCGUUGGAACUAAAGCUUGCCUUCUGGGGAAGGCAGUAACGUGCAAGUACCUUCGACAAGAUAACUUUCUGGAGAUUGAUGUGGACAUCGGCUCUUCAUCUGUGGCAAGAGGUGUUAUUGGUCUUGUACUGGGCUAUGUGACAAGCCUUGUCGUUGAUCUUGCUAUUCUAGUCGAGGCAAAAGAAGAGGCUGAACUCCCUGAAUACAUUCUUGGAACUGUUAGAUUAAAUCGCGUAAAGGUCGAUUCUGCUGUACCAUUGGAGGGUUGAUGAGUCUUUCGUUAGUAAGUGCCAUUAAUCGCCUUUGAAAUCGAAUAUAGUUGAGUCAUUACUAUUAUUUUGUAUACAUUAUAUCCCCACUUGUCUGGGAAUGAGUUAUAGUAGUUGUAUCAUAAUGAUAUACCUAAAACAGCACAGAAUCAAAACUUGUAACAAAAGUUGUAACUUGUAACUGAGAUGGAUGUUGUGUGAAUAAUAAAAAUCUAUAUAUAUUUGUGAC